GACCUUGUCUACCUGGGGUUCACAGACAGUGAGGUGGCGCUCAUGUUAUUUAUCUCUAUGCUAUUGGGACUUUUGGGGUUCGCCUUGACGGCAGUUCUGUUCUAUGGACUCAGUCAACCCUCAACGUGGAUGCAAAUCCAACAGCGAGCACGUCAACCCAGUGUAAUUCACCGUGAAGUUGUAUCUGCCACUGUGGUGACUUGCGGCGUCCUGAAAACUAUUGUUUUUCUACCCCUCGUGAUUGUAACGCUUUUGGCUCGACGAAUCACCAAUCAAGCAGUCGAGACGGGUCAACGAAUAAGAGAUUCGGAAACCGGUCAGAUGAUCCGUGACACGGUGAAUGUGUUUCGACGAGAACAGCUAAUCGAACAGUUUCGCGAUUUGGUUCGAGAAAGGCGCCUUUUGGAUAUACUCACUCGUCUUACUGUCCAUCGAAUCGUGGAGACUGCUGAUUUGGCCAGAGAACUGGAGAGACAAACUCGACCAACCCAGCCCUCCCCACUAACCGUCACAAUCAAAGUGAAGGCCAACACUCCGAGGGUGCUAGAACCCUAUAUGCAACUGCCAAGACGUCAUGAUGCUGCAUUCUUUUUUCUGCACCCAGAAUAUGUGGACCGUCUUUAUGGAUUCCAUACUAUGUAUCCGGCUCCGUUCUAUCCUCUCGAUAUUGGGGAACCCCGUAGUACUCUACUGUUGCACUGAAUGCGUUUUGAAGUUACUAAAUAUGGAUCACUGUUUAAAAGUAAACUUGCUGUUAUAUUUGCCCAUUCAAGCCCAG